GUCGAUCCUGUCUGACGCCGAUAGCUGUACUCCCGAGAAGCUAGCAUACGUCCUGAAGCUCCUGACUGGUGUAUGUGUUGAUGCCCACGGGCCCCUCUCCUCCGUGUUGGGCUCUAGUGGCAGCCUCCCACAACACUGCGUUAGACUGUGUUGUCAAGCUGGAUUCUUCGAGGCCGAAAUGACCUUUGCGAAGUUGCAGGGCAUUGAUGUGGCCGAUUUGUUCGAUCGGGCUUUGGAACUUCACGACUGGGAUACGUGUUUGGAGGCACUCGCCGAGAGAGCCACUCCUGAACGGCUAUCAGCGAUGGCUCGAGAGCUCGAGCGUUGUGGUGAACUGGGGUGGCUUAUGGGAGCAAGGACUGAGAAAAGCGCUGCCGAGGCUGCUACUGCGGAAAAGCUCCUCGAUGUCAUUGUCUCGUCCGCUAGACCCGAGAGUGUGAGAGAGCUGGAGCAGUUGUGGGCCGUGUUGACCAAAAGCGGCGAUCGAGAGCACGCGGCAAGGCUGGCUAUCAGAGGAUACAUUGACUAUGGCGGACGCGUGUGGAUGCCGGAGCCUCCUCGAGGCUUCGUUGCUGCGGACUGUACUACCCCUCCCGGUGAGGUUCCGUAUGAGCUUCGGCAACCUGAGGUUGUGGAGUUGGUGGAGAACUCAGAGCCAGAGGUUGUUCUGUCAACAUUGAAUCGAUUACAGUGCCAAAAGAAGACCUUGUUGUUGGCCAACACUAGUCUGAAGCGCAUGAGUUCCCCCCGGGGAGUGUUCGUCGCUCUCCGAAGUGGCGAACUAGCUGCUGAAGGGUCGAGGUUCCUCUUUGUCGACCCUGCCUGGGUUCAACUCAGACUCCGUUACGUUUCGCUCUACUCAGCGGUGGUAGAACUUACCCAUGUCAGUGUUGGCGCUGUUGACCCAUGGCGUCUCUGUCGAAUAGGCUCAUCCUUGGGUCUCCUGAAGCCGGCUGUGGAAUUGGCCCGUUUGG